GACCAAUGUCGUAAUUUGGAGUUUGGACCUGAGAAGGCAUUUAAGGGGAAACGCCUCGUAAACCACACAAUUCACACCAUAGAAAUAACAGUUUCUAGGUUCUGUGAAAACUUGUGUUACAUGGAGCCCUACUGCGUCAGCAUUAAUCUUUAUACACGGGCAGAUGGAAAUGGAAACUAUAGAUGUGAACUGAACAAUGCUACUCAUGAAGGACACGAAGAAAAGUUGAUAGAACAAGCAAUGUAUUCUUAUCACGCAGCUGAGGUAAAUAUUACUUUAAAUUUUAAAGUCAGAUUGGUGUAUUUUGUUUUUCUUUUUAAACUCUUUAUCUCAUAAUCACUUUCAGUUACGAACUUGAGUUGUUUUCACUAUUUCAAGACAUUAGCGGUAAUAUUGUGUCUGUGCUUUUCACCAAGAUCUCCUCAAAGACAAAGCAUUUUAAAGUUAUUGGAGAAACAUAGAAAUAGGAGGACAACUAUGAUGACAAGAAUAACCACGGCAAUAUUGAUGAUGGUAGCGGUGCAGUUGACUAUUAGAUGAUGAAAACGAUUGUAAUGAUGAUAAUGGCAAUGAAAUUGACAACGGUUUGUUUCUUCUGUCAGAGCAACUGUGUUCAAAAUCCUUGUAAGAACAAUGCUACUUGUCAAAGCGGAUUUACUAAGAAAGGUUAUCGGUGUCUGUGUACCGCUGGAUUUGAGGGUCCGAUUUGCGAAAGAGGUAAACACAACUUUUAUGUUGAUAUUUUGAGACCUUCAGUUUAACAACAACGAGGAAAAACUUUACCGCACUACUUGUAAAUUAGGUCUCAACGAAUGAAAGAGCUUUUUCUGUCCUUAUGUGGCUGAAACCGUUCUUACUAGUUAGUAAAAACCGAAGGAGAAGAGGUCUUUGUUGCGGUUCCUUCACCACUACAACUCAAUGGCAAAUAUUUGGUUUUCGUCAUUUUUUCUCGUCAUCUCCUUUCUCCAUAUUCGUGUUCACAUAUCUUCUGAGCUGCACUGUAAGAGGAAUGAAACAAUAGAAAAAUACAUAAGCCACAAACAAAAAGAUAAUUAACCACCUGCAGAACUUUCCGGAUUAAAAGAAUAGGAUAUAAGAUAUAACUGUUUCGCAGCUCAUCACUGCUACAUGAGACUGACAAGGUGGCUGUUAGUCGAUUCAUUUUCAGUACAUUUUUUCACUCGAUGCAAAGCAAAAAUGACGUGUUGUGGUCAUAAGUAAACAGAAACAACGCUUACCACAUUAAGAACAGUAUGUGAAGGAGGCCUACCCAAUUAUUGUUGUUUUUACAGUUGUUGAUGCUUUAGUUUUUUUUUGGUACGAUAAUUUUGUUUUCAUUUAUUUGUUUUUUUUUUUAAUUCAGACGUCAACGAAUGUGUUCGCGGGCUACAAAAAUGCAGCUCUGAUGCGUUUUGCACCGAUACCAAAGGUUCAUGCAAUUGCACAUGCAAACAUGGAUUCACGGGAAAUGGACGAGAAUGUAAAGGUAGGCGUUGCAUUCAUUAGCAGUUAUGUGAGGAAAAAAUAAAGCUUACAUUUGCAAAUUAUCCACAAAAGGGAUGAUAACAUACAUCUCGAUUCUCUCAGCACGAAAAUGUAAAGUGAAAGUGAACGCGACAGAGAAAUAUAUGGACGAAAUCACAAUGAAAAAUUCUUCUUGAUCAUCAAAGUGUUUUUGCACCAAAUGAAAUCAAUCUACUCAUCACUUUUUCUUAGUUUCAUUCAUCCUUGGUUGUUGUACAGACUGUCCUAUGGCUACAGAAACCUGUUUGAUGUUCUCAACAACAAACAUUAAAGCUGUACAAAUCAAAUAUGAAUAUCAAGUAAUGUUGCUGACCUUCUCAGUCAUUUAUAUAUUUUCGUCAAUUGUUUGUUGGCUAUAAUCUAUAGACAUCGAUGAGUGUGUCGGAGGGUCACACUCUUGCAGCCCUGAUGCCUAUUGCAACAAUACCAAGGGGUCUUACAACUGUACAUGUAAACCUGGAUUCCUUGGGAGUGGAAGAGAAUGCGAGGGCGAGCGUUAUUUUUUUGAGAAUAUUGAGCAAAGGAGGAUUUUAUAAUUUCGAACUUUCUGAUAAAGAGUGAAAUACCAAUACAGCAGUACUACAUCCAUAGACAUAAAAAAACAAAAACAAAAACCUCUGCCUUCUGAUUGAAAAACCAAAUAGCACAGAAUAAACAACAAAGCGUCUUGCAAUUAUAUCUGCUGCUAUUUUUUAAAUUGUUCAUCUAUUUGUAUGUCUAUUUUUUCUAUUCUUUUUAUCGUUUUAUUUUGGAGAUAUCAACGAGUGUCUUGGCACUUUACACACCUGCAGUCCUCAUGCAUUUUGCAAUAACACCAAAGGGUCAUACAGUUGUACCUGUAAACAUGGACUCACUGGAAAUGGACGAGAAUGUAAAGGUAAACGUUGGGGUCAAAAUAUAGAAGAAAAAAUCGUUUGAUGAAAAGUCAAAAAAGAAUCUUGCUACAUUCGCGAUAGCACUGUUCUUCUAUUGAGCAUUGGAUCCCCUAUACACUAGAUGGAAAUUAAUAGGUAUUACAAAGCAAACAUUGCAGCGCAAUUUUAAGAAUCUUUUUACCAUUAUAAUAAUAUUUAAGGCUACCAGAGGUGCAGGUAAACCACUAUUAGUUUAUUAUACAUUAAAUUUAUCAUUAAAAAUCUGAUUGGUUGGGAGCAUUUAAUCAAUAUAGAAUAGCGUGUACAGUUGACAUGAUAACACAAUGUCCGCAGCAGAUAUUGCAGUUAUCAUUUCGAGUUCAAAUUCUACUUAAUUUCUAAGCCCCAUUGUUUAUUGUUCUAUAAAGAAAACAACAAUUGAUGCUCCCCCGGCGCCGUUUUUUUUAUCAAUGAUGUAUUCGAAGAAAACAUACGUGCUGCCAAACAAAGUGAAAGAAAACUGAGAACUGUUUUCAGCUACAAAGCAGAGCUUGCAAAAGCUUGGCAAAUGAUAAAUUAUUCGGUCAAUCAGUCACACCGCAAUCAAUAUAGUUUCCAAAUGAUUAAUUAAAUAUAGAUAAAAUAAAUUAACAAUUCCCUCUAAUCAAAGAAAAAUCUGAUUGGUUGAGAGCAUUCAGUCGGUAUACAAUGGCGUGUGCACUUGACACGAUAACCCAAUAUCCACGGCAGACAUUGCAGUUAUCAUUUCUAGUUCAAAAUUCUCUUAGUUUCUAAGUUCCUCUUCCGUGUAGUGUUUAAAAACGUUUGCUAACUCAGGUUUUUGAAAAAUCUAUGUAAUGAGAAAAUUAUUGAAUUCGAUUUUGCAUGAAAUUGCUAUUCAUUAAACCUUGUCUUUGUGUCUGUGUGAUUUCCCUCAUCCUUUGGCUUCAGAAGACAACUCAGAUCUCGGUUUUGAUAAUUUAAGAUAUCUUACUCAACCUCAUCUAAUAAUUGCUUAUUAGCUUAAAGCUUUUCUUCAUCUCCUUUUUUUUUUUUAAUUGGUAAGUGCCUCUGAUACAAAUUCAUCGAUGAUUCUUAAUCGUUUGAAAUUUAUCUUCUUCUAAAAUCACAAAAUACGAGCUGGCAUUUGCUGCGGCUUAUACUGUUAAUAUUAUCAGCCAGAUUUGAAACUAAAUGCCCAAUCAUGGGUCUUUGAUAUUUUUCGAAUGAAUUAUUUUUCAAACACAACUGGUAAUAAACUUGGUUCUGCCUUUAAUAAGAUAGAAACUUUGAAUACUGGAUAAAAAUAUCUAUUACUUUUUUGCGACCAUUUAUUCCAACAAUUCAAACACUACAACUUUCUGAAUUCCCCUCGUCGAUUCCACCGCAAGAAAUAACCUGUGCUACCCAAGCUUCGACUCGAAUGUGAAAUACGAAUCAAAUAACAUAACUGCUUCAUCUUCGCAGCUAUAUCACGCUGGUAUUUUGAUUUUCCGAUCGACAAGAACGGUGAUCAGGAAUCGAUCGGUUUGCUUACCUCAUAAACGUGACCGCUGACCAGCUGCUGAGUGAAAACAGUACAGUUCAGUGGCGAGGGGCGGGGUGAGGGGUGGGUGCGGGCAGAUUUUCAGAAGAUUUUUGGGAACAUUCGAACAUAUGCAUUCAAGUAUCAUGAUAAACAUUAGGAUUCUCAGUCUUAAUGCGAAGGCAUGCUUCGUGUUGCAGACUUUUUUUAUUUUAUUUAGUAUUCUUUUUUAUUUCAAAUACAUUUCGUUCCAAAUAGGACUAGCAUCAGUUCAUAGAUUUAAAAACAAAUCUUUACCACGUAAAUGAAUGUGUCUAGAUAAUCGAGAUAACCAUUGAACCUAUUGUAUCGCACCGGAAAUAACGUUUCUUGUCUUUGCCCAACUCUGAGAGCGUGGAGCGGCAAAGACGCGAGAUACGAGUCUCGCGUCUCGCGGCUUCUCCAUGCUCACAGGAUACGCGUGACCUCACUAUCUUUAAGAAAAAUAAGAGACUGCUCGAAAUCUGUAUUCCGUUCAACCAUUUCAUAAGAGUGACGCGAGUCUUUCAAUUGAGUGACAAAGUCACAAACCCAUUCUUUACCUUACGAGCGUAACCACUGACUACUCACGAAUUACAAUAGGCUUCUCCUUUGACGCGGAAAUUGAAUUCGUGUCGAAUAUACAAAGUUACAGUGAGUUCCUUUAGAUCUCCCGAACUUGUAUCGCGUUGGAAACAAUUACAAGUACGGGAAGAAGUCGUUCAUUAGCGAGACGUUCAUUAUGUCUCAGGACUCCUUUUUGAAUAGCAAAGAUGGAAAAAACUUUGGUUCAUCGUGUGGCUUAAGUGGUUUGGUACAACUGUCUGAUUGCAAUGACGAAGUAAAACAUCAUUUGAUAAGCUUCUAUCUGUCUAAAGAGGUUUUUAAGUGAAAAUGAGCUAAUCUUGGCAAAGAUUGGCCUAUUUCACCUCGCUCAGGAGGAUAAACAAAAAAAUGUGGAUUUGCUAUAGGCAUCACCACACUCUGGGGAAGUUUUGGAGAAGUGCAAAGGUAACAUGUCAGUAUCCUGAUCAUGAUGGUGUCAGGAAGCGUAACCAAGGCAGAGAUGUAAUUACCUUGCAUAUGUCUCAGGACAUUCAAAAGCUGUUUGGAGUUAUUAUUCCAGUUGAAUCAGUUAGUCUUCAGUAACAUAUUCUGUUAUCUAUUUUUGUCACGUGACAUAUCUGCUCGUAAAGAGAAGAAAUUCUUUAUUAGAUGAAGGGUACUUAAGUACAUAUCACGUUGAAAAAAACCAGAUCUAUGUGUAAGUGCUAAGAAAAACUCUCCCCACCGAUUUUUCUUACAUUCUGUUAAUCAAAAGUUUCAAUAAUCAUAAAGGCUUUCUUGUUGAUCGUCUUAAUAGUAACAGUUUCCAGGAUCCAAGGGGAGCAAAAGAGAGAACAAUUUUCUGUGUAGCUAGAUAAGGCGACAUGCCGGCUUUAUACUUCUCCCGGCGUGAUAACGAUAAUGAUGACAACAAUGGGCAAAAAGCACCGUCCGCUAAUGAUGACGAUUAUCAUAGUUAUUAACAAAUCUCAGUUAUAGUCCUGAAAAAAAUAUUAAGGGGUCCUUUGAACAAUCCACUUAAUCUCGCCAGAAGUCAAAGUUGCCUACACUCAUUCUAAGGUUCGUGCGAUUUUACGACGAAUUUUCAAUUCCGGUGUGAUGCAUGCGCGACUUUUGAUAGAAAAAACCUGCACGCGCCAUAACUUAAAAGAACGUGUCAGCGGAAUGAAUCAAAUCUCUAUCACUUUGCAUACAUUCUUGCGAACAGGAAAAAUUACUUAGAGCAAACAUUCUACGUAUAGUGUUCAUUCCGUGCAAUGGGGCAUAAAUAAAAGGUUCUGGUGUAAAAGACACCUUAUUUUAUACUGCUGAUGACAAGCAAAAAGGUUAUAUGGGUACCCGGUUAAAAAUAUAUUGAUAACUCUAUUAAUUAAUACCAGUUCUAAUUUAAAGGAGAAAGUUAUGAGAAUAAAAUAAAAGUUGUCUGUACCACGAAGCAUGCCUUCACUGUUUAGACUGAUAGUCCUAGAGCUUUUUGAGCAUGUAUUUGAAUAUCUUAUGACGAUAAGCCCGCCACCCACCCCACCCCGCCAUAUGCUGUUUUCACUUAGCGGCUGGUCGGCGGUCACGUUUAUGAGGUAAACAAACCCAUCGAUUCCUGAUCACCGUUCUUGUCGAUCGGAAAAUCAAAAUACCAGCGUGAUAUUGCCGCGAAGAUGAAGCAGUUAUGUUACUUGAUUCGUACUUCACAUUCGAGUCGAAGCUUGGGUGGCAGGUUAUUUCUUGCGGUGGAAUCGACGAGGGGAAUUCGAACACUAGUUGUAGUGUUUGAAUUGUUGAAAGAAAUGGUCGCAUGGGGAUUGAAAGUUUAACGAACAAUUUCAAAUUUUGCCGCUUGAAUUAAAAGUAAAGUUCAUGUGAAUUGCUUUCGUAUGUAUUUCUGACGGUUUUAGAUCUACCUGCUUGAUUUAUAUCGGUUACGCUUCAUGUUGACAAGUCCCUCAAAAUGGCGGCCAAACUUGGAGAUUGCCGAAAAUUAGGUAAGUUCACGGAGUUAUAAAGUUCUCGUAAAGGUCGGGCCGCAAAGUUUUUUUCUGUAGUUACCUUUUCUGUGGCACCUACUUCCUAGCUAUGUUAGUUGGAUCAGUUAAGAACGCCUCACUUUUUCAAAAAUUUACCUUGAAUUUGAUCGGUUUUGGCGUGUGUGAUUUAGGCGAACCGAUAAGGUGUCAUUCGAAUCUUACUGUUUCCUUGAUUGACACGUGAUGUUUACGAAAGUCGCCUCGAUAGAUAAGAUAGAGUUAAUAUACAUGCCUGUGGUAUUUGUUUUUUGCUGAGUUCCGUAGUUUUUUGUAAAUUGUCCUCCAAAGUUGUAUGAAAUUAAAGUCUUGAAAAGUGUCACGACAAGCCUUCGCUCGAGUGAAAUUUAAUUUCCGUAAAACUCUGAAAAAUAAAGAGAUCCGAUCAAACUGAUUGUGGUUUUAGUAUAGGUACAUGAAUGUCUUACAACACACGAGAAACGAGCGAAAUCCGUGUCUCAAGCAAAAUCGACCGGACCGCUCUUACAGAGACACUCUCUUAACUUGCUAAUGAGGAGGGAUUAUGGAUCAUAGGGAUAUUACAGAGGCUUAUGGGAGGUUAUUUUUAUCGUGACACAAUGAAACACCAAUAUGUGUAUAUAUAUAUAUAUAUAUAUAUAUAUACUAAAAUCAAUGAAAAACAAAAGUCUUCUUUUAAUUUUUACUUUGCUUUUGCGCUACGCGUUUCACCGCUGUUGCGGCUCUUCAAGCAUAGCAAAGUGUGUUUAUUGACUUGUUACGUCACUGAUCUAAUUGUAAUCACAUUAACAAUAUAAUGGCUAUUGUAAUUCGAAGCGCGCGCGAGCAAUUAGCGUAAUUUCAAGUCAUUAAGAACUGGUUUAUAUUUCGAAAUAAAAAAUCUCUCUUUGUUCUUUCUCAUGACCUCGAAGGGGCUGAGAAUAUUGUAAAACGGAAAGAUGUGAACUGAGGGUUCAAUGCCGCAGCACAUUCAUCAAUAUGCUUAUACUUGGUUUUAGUAUCUUCAUUCGACACAGAAGUUUACAGUUUCUUUAUAUAUAUAUAUAUAUACAUAUACAUAUACAUAUACAUAUACAUAUACAUAUACAUAUAUAUAUAUACAUACAUACACAAAGAGAUCCGAAAUUCUUUAAAUAAUUUAUCCUCCUACCAGUCUAUCAUCCUUCAUUCACUUCACAAACGAUUACUGUUUCAGUGAGUUUUGAUUGGUGUGCGAAUGAAAACACAGCAAAAAUCCUCGCAAAUAUGUCGUGCACUGAGUCCGAGUUGGAAAAAAGAUUGACGUUAGUCUUCACCACACGGUGUCGUAAACGCUAAGGUCAAUUCAACGGUAAAACAAAUCAGUACGAAAUCAAUAAAUACAGAUAUACGACAGGACGUCGACAGCAAAUAUCCAUCAAUUUGGAGGAAAUACAAUAAUUAAUUGCUCCUCUAUUUCAGACCACCUUCCAUUAUGACGCGCAUUAUUGGAAAAAUUACGAUAAAGUCAACCUCUUCGGCGGAGAGACUGGGUUUGACGAACAAGAAUCAAAGCUACCUACCUACUGGAACACCUCCUUCUCUAAGAUCUGUCUUGGAAUGAAGAUCAACAAACACCCCGAGUUCAUUGUCAUCAAUAGGCUGGCUGACUCUCUGCACUCACUAAUCGCUGAUGACCAAUACCGCAACACCUUACUGGGUCGUGACGAGUGGAAAACGUUGAUUGGCAGCAACGCCUCUUUACAGCACAAUUGUAACAGGGAAGGAUUCAAUGUCUUUAGUGGUCGGAGAGAUCGUUCUAAAGUCAGAAUUGGUAUCAUUAGCAAUGACCAGAACGACUGCUAUUCGUGUAACUCUUUGAUUGGAUUUGGUACAGGAAGUCAACAUAAUAACGUAGAGCCUUGCGGAAACGAGGCACGCCAUAUAUAA